AUGACAGAAGCAUAUAUAUCUAAAGUAUUUAACUGGGACCAGAGGGACGCCUCCUUUAUGCUACCUUCGACUCGUCGACGGAAGCUUUCAAGGCCCUUCAUCGAACCUCUACCGUAUAACCUAAUAGCAAAAGACAAACUGAACAAACAUCUAUGGGCCUUUAUAACCGUCAUAAUAAUACUAGUUCUAUGGCUUACCUUUGCAGUAGUACUGCCAACAGCGUUACAUUCCAAACUCAAGUUGACACCAUCGCGCCCGGCAAUACGCAAACAGCGAGAAUGGCAACUCCUUCCUUCCAAAAUUCCCAAUCGACCGAAAUCCCUCAUCGAUGACGAAAUCCAAUGGGACCAAUCCUUCUGUAAGCGCUCUCCGUGUCGUUAUCUCUUCCCUGUCUUCGUCGGCGGAACAGAAGCCAAUUCCCAUUUUCAUCUCCAACAGGUCGCCCUCCUUGCUGGGCGACUCAAGCGAACGGUCGUGCUACCUAAUUCUGACGGCAGGCGAUUCAGCGCAUGUCGCAGAUACUCCUUCGAUAGAUACUUCUCUAAUGAGACAUUAGUACAAGCACGCGCGCAUUUUAGAUUCAUCACCCAAGAUGAAUUCUUCGGGUGGGCACGAUGGCGGGUGACAGAGCCGACUGCUCAGUUUGUGAUUAUGGACAGGCCACCUGAACCAAAUGCAAAGAAACCGCGAAGGUUCUCAGAUAUACAAACAUUGAGCAAGAAGCAAUGCGUCGAUGAUUAUAGCUUUGAUUAUGAUUCGUACGAGACUAUUGAGUUUAAAGUGCAGCCCGGUUAUGAACUGUCGAAUGCCGCGACGGCAGAGGCUUACAGCGACCUGAUUGCUCAUUUGCAUGGCAAGAAGGCAUAUGGAAAGAGCAAAUUGUUUGAAAACAGAACAGCAGAUGUAUUAUUAGUUUAUUACAAUCUGAGAUCCCCACUGUUGCCUGUUCCAAUUGAGGGUCCACCUUUGACGUAUUUGGAAUCCUGGUAUAAAGAGACUCGUAACGUUAUCGAUGGUAUUAGACCAUAUAUUGCGGUUAGCUGGGCUAUAGACAUGUUACCCAAGUAUAUUAUCCCGGUCUGUGCAGAGCGGUUAGUUGCGCGUUUGGAUGAAAUAAAACGCGAGACAGGCAUACAGAACAUCUAUUUGGCCACAGUACCUUCUCAUUGGCGUGAAAAUGUAGGAUUUCAUCAAGAGGCGUUAACAUAUCUAAAUGAUCAUGUCAACUUUAUUACAUGGUCAUCGUUCCAUGAACAAGCUGCUGCCGAUGAACAAGCUGAACUGGAGCGGAAACAAGCGUAUGCAGGAAAUGAUCAGUUACUUUUAUCCAAUACCACCAGUGCUGCAUCGUCAAUAGCUAACUACUUUCUUCGUGGGACUGAAGAAUGUUCUCGCAUUACCCCAUUCAUCCAGCAAGUGAUUGGAACACGCGAACAAGAGACGAGAAACCAGAUUGACUGGAAAGAGAGCUUUUUUAACAUUAAUGAAGAGAAAAUGAAGGAAAAUGUGUUGGCUAUGCGACGGUGGAACGUAGUAGAUGUUUGGUGA